AUGGCACUGUUAACUCCCGCCAACCACAGCGCCAUCCUUUUCACCCUGCGCGGCUUCCCAGGGCUGGAGAUGGUUCACCACUGGAUCGGCAUCCCCAUCUUUUCCGCCUACCUGGUGGCAGCGCUGGGCAACUGCACCAUCCUCUACAUCGUCUGGACGGAGCCCAGCCUGCACCAGCCCAUGUACUAUUUCCUGGCCAUGCUGGCCACCACCGACCUGGGACUCUGCCUCACCACCGUGCCCACCGUCAUGGGAGUCCUCUGGUUCCAGCUGAGGAAGAUCAGCCGGCGGAGCUGCCUCGCCCAGAUCUUCAUCAUCCACACCUUCUCCUUCAUGGAGUCCGCUGUGCUCUUUGCCAUGUCUUUGGACCGCUUCCUGGCCAUCUGCUUCCCUCUGAGGUACGCAGCUCUGCUGACCACCAGUAGAGUGGCCAGAAUUGGUCUGGUCCUCCUGCUGAGAAGCACCCUGCUCUUGAUCCCCUGCCUGUAUUUCCUCCUGCAGUUUCCCUACUGCCCAGUUGCAGUCCUUUCUCACUCCUACUGUGUGCACCAAGACGUGAUACGCCUCGCGUGCGCCAACACAAACAUCACCAGUUACUACGGUCUCACCCUCAUCCUUCUGACCAUGGGCGCUGACCUCCUCUUCAUCCUCAUCUCCUACAGCCUGAUCCUGAAGGCAGUCCUGGGCAUGACUUCUGGGGACGAAGGCCACCGCAAGGCCCUGGGCACCUGCGUCUCCCACCUCUGCGCUGUCCUGGUCUUCUACGUACCAGUGCUCGGGCUCUCCGUGGUGCACCGGUUUGGCCGGCACGCCUCUCCCCUUCUCCAUGUCAUCAUGGGCAACAUCUACAUCCUCUUCCCACCCUUAAUGAACCCCGUCAUUUACUGCAUCAAAACCAAGCAGAUCUACAGCAGGAUCCUCAGAAUGGUCUCACUCAAGAAAGUCUGA